AAUACAGCGUCUGGGAGUACACGAAAUCUUUCGAGUGAUGAUACGCAAGAAGAUAAAUCUAUCAAGGCUUCGGAUAAGCUUGAUAUAUUGUCAAAUCAAACGGAAGAUAGAACCGCUGAGUGCGAAGUAUGGAAAGAAUACCACGACUGUGGUCUCUUAUCGCCGGAGUUGGAGAUGUCUGUCCGCAAUCUACCUCCUCUCAGAUACAAAAUCGAGGAUCCCGAAGAUCCUGGGUUGAUGCUUUUCAAGGAUUUCAAGAAUUGGAAUGUAGAUCUCGAGUCUCUAAAGCGCAUCAUCACGUCCAAAGGCACGUCAAAAUGUGGCAAUCCUGCGCGUCUAGAUCCUUCUGGGUAUAGCGUUGUCAAAGCGGGCACGAGCGAGUAUAUUGGGUAUAAGGACAAGCCAUCUGUUUUUGUGAACGUUGGUGUUGUUGGGAACUCCUACCUAACCGGAGACGGGAAGCAGCUUGCAAACACCGACAAGUACAUGCGUGGAAUCUCGAUUACUGCAUUAGCAUACGAGUUCAACCGCCAGUUCUCGUUCAUGUUGAUGAUCACUGGAGAUGAUGAUGACUACGUACGAACAUCGUACGAUGUGGGUGAAUUGGAAUUCAACACACGACCCGGAGUACCUAUCUUCGACGGUACCAACCUCGAUGCUGUGGUUCUCGACGGGGCCGACUUUAAUCCUAACGUCUUGCCACGGUAUGAGGGCGGCGUGUCUGACAACAUGAUUGUAAUGGUCGGGUAUGCCAUCAAUCGCUGGAAGAGCCCUGGAAACGGAGCUACACACUCUGUCGAUGUCCGACUGAGUUUCAAUAUCGUCUACGUAGUUGUGUUGUGCGAGAAUUAG